AGGUACGCUGUUUUUUAACGUCAGUGAGAAACGUUUAUCGUGUGUAAUUCAGUGAUUUGAGGUUCGUUUUUGUGUGAAACUCGACGAACAAUGUGGAAUGAUAAGGAAAGGUUCGACGGGAUGUUGUUGGCUUUGGCCCAGCAGCACGAAGGUGGUGUACAAGAUCUGUUAGACACGAUCUUCAAUUUCCUCGCGAGAAAAACGGAUUUUUAUACGGGUGGCGGCGUAAAUGGUGCGGAAAAGCUUCUCCUUAAUACAUUCGAAAAACAUGUACCCACUGCUCGUACAAAAGCUGUCAUUGAAAGAACAACAUCCGGACACAAAGAAGCGUUGGAAAAGAAGAAGCGAAAAGAGAAGGAUGAGGAGGAAAAAAUUAAUUUUGAAUCUAAGAUUGUCGAACUGACAGAUGAACAGGCUGCUAAGUUACAAGAAGAAAUAAAUAAGAAAACAGAGGAAGAAGCACCCGCAGUUCCUGGGCCUAGCGGUGACAAUGCUGAUGCUGAGAAGAAGAAGGAGGAGAACAUGGAGGAGGACGAAGAAGAGGAUGAGAAAGAAAAGAACAAACUUAGGCCUAAUAGUGGAAAUGGCGCGGACCUGCCGAAUUAUAGAUGGACUCAGACCCUGCAGGAACUGGAGCUCAAAGUACCACUGAAAGUGAACUUCUCGGCCAGGCCCAGAGAUGUCACGGUGUCGAUCUCGAAGAAGCAUCUCACCUGUGGCGUGAAGGGCCAGCCACCAAUCAUCGACGGUGAUUUUCCGCACGAUGUCAAACUCGAGGAGUCCACCUGGGUGAUUGAAGACGGGAAAAUGUUGCUGAUCAAUCUGGAAAAGGUAAACAAAAUGCAAUGGUGGGCUCACGUGGUAACCAGCGAUCCGGAAAUCAGCACGAAGAAAGUGAAUCCGGAGCCGAGCAAGCUAUCCGAUCUCGACGGUGAAACCAGGGGCCUGGUGGAGAAGAUGAUGUACGAUCAACGACAGAAACAGCUAGGUCUGCCGACCUCCGACGAGCAGAAAAAGCAGGACGUCAUUAAAAAGUUCAUGGAGCAGCAUCCAGAGAUGGACUUCUCCAAGUGCAAAUUCAAUUAAAUCUUGGUGUUCCGAUCGAGGGGUGUGUGUUUGGGGGGAGUCGUUAUCAUCUGGGAUGAAACGAAUCGAUCGAUCGAUACGUCAGAGGCAGCCAGAUCCAGAAAAACUCUGUCUCUCGUUAAUUAUCACCUCGUGGCGUCUUAACUUUCUCUGCAACUUAUUUUCAGGCGUGUUGUGUUGCUGUGCCAGUCGCAGCCGAAUGGGUACACCACGCUCCGCCGUCGAACCGAUUCCAUUUUCCUCGCUCGCUCGCUUAGCCGUAUUCCUUUUUCUUAUUCGCCAGCAGUUGACGUCUUUAGUUUCACCGUCGGUUCACGGAACGGGGAGCAGAGUCGCGUAGCACAAGUGUAUUUUCACGAUUUUUCCACAUUAAGUUUUCGUAUCAUGGAAUAAAAAAGUUUCGAGAAAACAAUUUACGAGGGGCGUUCAUGUAUGUGUU